AUACAAUUACAGAGAGAGAAAAGAGAGAGAGAAGGCGAAAGCUUUUAAAAAUAAAGUACGAAAAAGAAAAAAAUCUCUUAAUAUUCCGCGUUCAAGGUUUGCUGUCUUCGUCUUCGAUCUUCGUCGCCUUUUAUUCUCUCUUUCUUAAAAUUCUGAAAGAGAGGGGGAGGGGGAAGAACUCCUUUGUUCAUUUUAUUCGGAGGAAAAAAAAAAAAAAAAAAAGAAAGAAACAUUUGAAGAGAGCCAUUUUUUUUUUUAUUUCUGCUCUUCUUCGCUCUCUCUCCGUCACCAGCAGAUCUGGCCUUUCGAUCUUCUAAUUCUGCUGAUGCGUAUUUGCAGGUGAUGUUCUGCGAUACUUGCUUUGGUACACGAAAAGGUUCUGAAGUUUAUUGCCUAUAACUGUGCCUUUGGAUUGUAGCGAAAAUGAAGAAAGCUUUUGAUCAAACUGUCAGGGACCUUAAGAGAGGGGUAAACAAGAAAGUACUGAAAAUUCCUGGGAUAGAACAGAAGAUACUUGAUGCUACUAGUAAUGAGCCAUGGGGUCCUCAUGGUUCACAUCUGGCAGAUAUUGCACAAGCUUCUAGAAACUAUCAUGAUUACCAGAUGAUCAUGUCAGUUAUAUGGAAGAGGAUAAAUGAUACUGGGAAAAAUUGGCGGCAUGUUUACAAGGCAUUGACUGUCCUAGAAUACUUGGUGGCUAAUGGGUCAGAGCGUGUCAUAGAUGAGAUCAGGGAGCAUGCAUACCAAAUUUCAACAUUAUCAGAUUUUCAAUAUAUUGAUUCAAGUGGGAGGGACCAGGGAAGCAACGUGAGAAAGAAAUCACAGAGUCUUGUGACAUUAGUGAAUGAUAAAGAAAGGAUUCAGGAAGCUAGACAGAAAGCUGCUGCUAACAGGGACAAGUUUCGUAAUGCAUCCUUGACAGGCGGAAUGUAUAGGCCUGGUUCAUAUUCAAGUUCAGGAGGAUAUGGUGACCGAUAUGAUGAUGAUCGUUAUGAAGGCCGUUAUGGAAGUAGAGAUGAAGAACGUAAUGAGUAUGGGAGAGAAAGAGAGAGGGAGUGGGGAUACAAGGAGGAUGACAGAUACAGUAGAGACUCAUACAGCCGGGAUGGAGACCGUUAUGGUCGGGAUUCUGAUGAACGUUAUGGUCGAGAUGGUUUCAGGGAUGAUGACUUCCGUGGAAGAAGUCGAAGCAAUGACGACUUCCAGUAUGGAUCAAGAAGUAGGAGCUCUGAUAGGGACAGAGACCGUGGCUUUGAGGAUGAUGGUCGCUAUUCAUCUCGAAGCAGCGGUGCAAGAGCUGAUGACUAUUCUCAGGAGGGAAAGCGGUUUGAGAGGAAGUACUCGGAGCAAAACAUUGGCACUCCUAGCUAUGAAGAGGCAGUAAAUGAUGCUCAGAGUCCUAUUCGAGAUGAAAGGAAUGGUGAAGCUAAAGCGGCACCUGUUCCUAAAGCUUCCUCUCCACCUAGAAGUGAAACUCAAAGUCAAAUGACUGCUGUGCCUGAAACUACAUCAUCUGUAAAGCAAGAAGUUGAUAGUUUUGAUGAAUUUGACCCACGCGGUUCGGUUUCAGGUAGUUCAGUUUCAGCAGCAGCACCACCCAGUGCAGCACCACCUGAUGCAAGUAAUUCAGAAAUGGACUUACUAGGUGGUCUCGCAGAGUCAUAUGCCUCAAAUCAAUUGGCUAUCGUGCCUGUUUCCUCUUCAACGGCAGACUCUGGUGCAGAUUUACACAUAAAUUCUGGUUCUGGACCCACAUAUGUAGCAUCAUCAUCGGCAUCGGCAUCAGCAUCGGCAUCGCCAUCAACUGCAUUGAACCAGUCAAUUGAAGACCCAUUUGGCGAUUCUCCUUUCAAGGCUAUCCCAGCUCUUGACAGUAUAUCAGGCCAGCAGCAGGCUUUCACUUCAAAUGCUUCCUUCCAGUCUACCAUGAACCAAAGUUCUGAACAACUCCGGCCAUCUGGUCCAAAGACAGAAACAGCCUUAGGCUUCGAUUUCGGAGACACAUUUCAGAGUAUUACAUAUUUGCCUUCCAAUUUAUCAAAUGGUCAGGCUCCUUCAACUAGCCAACAAUUUCUGCCCCCGGAUUUGUCUACUGCAAACCAAAACACCGAUAUUCUAGCAGAUAUCCUUCCAUCAUCUGGAACGAUAAAUCCUGUAGCUUCACAGUCAGCUUUUCGAGGACCAACAUCAGGAUCACCUGCACAACCAAGCAGCAAUGCCGUUGGGAAUUUCCCCCCACAGUCAGGAUAUUUGGCCCCUGUAACUUCACAGGUUCAAGCUCCAACUGGUCCUCCUACCCAAGCAAGCACUGGAAACUUCUAUGCACAGACAGGAUCGACAGUCCCAUUGGCCUCACAGGCAGCUCUACAUGCUCCAACUGGUCUACCUAGUCGGCCAAGCAGUGGAAACUUCUAUGGGCUGUCAGGAUUUACAACCCCAAUUGCCUCACAAACAGCUCUUCGUGCUCCAUUUGGACCAUCUGCUCAACCAAGUGGCGAUUUUCUAGGGAAGUUGCUCCCACAGGGAGGUUCUACAGCACCAACUCCUAAAGCUCAGGUACCCAAAGACAAAUUUGAGACCAAAUCUACUGUUUGGGCUGAUACAUUGAACCGAGGGCUUGUCAAUUUGAAUAUAUCUGGACCCAAAACCAAUCCUUUGGCAGAUAUUGGAAUCGAUUUUGAGGCCAUCAACCGCAGGGAGAAGAGAAUGGAAAAACCUGCUGCUAAUACGGUAACAUCGACCAUCAUCAUGGGUAAAGCUAUGGGUUCUGGCUCUGGAAUUGGCCGUGCUGGUGCAAGUGCCCUAGCGUCUGCACCACCUCCGAACUUCAUGAUGGGUUCUGCCAUGGGAAUGGGUGGUGGUGCUGGGAUGGGGAUGGGGAUGGGGAUGGGCAUGGGCAUGGGCAUGGGCAUGAAUGCCCCUGGUACAAACAUGGGCAUGAGAGGCUAUGGUGGGGGUGGUAUGAAUCAACCCAUGGGCAUGGGAAUGGGACAGGCACCUCAAGUGCGGCCUCCUACUGGAUUUCCUCCUGGUUCGACAAUGCCAGGUGGCUACAACCCUGCAAUGGGCAUGGGUGGUUAUGCUCAGCAACCAUAUGGUGGCUACCGAUGAAAGAGAAGUACAUCGAGUUUUUGGUUGUAGUAAGGUGCACCUUGUGUUACGACAUAGCCGCUAAAGGUUCUGAUCUGAUUCCUUCAUCUUAGCCCUUUCGAGAUGUAAUUUUGGUUACUAUCUGUAGUAGUAAUUGGAAGAUGGCUUGUACUGUAACGUUAUGUUCAUCUCAGGUCUUCUUGUCAUUCAUUCCUUUUCUUUCUUUGCCGGUCUGAGUCUAUCAGGGCUGCCGCCACAUUUCAGCUGUUGCCAGCCCCCCAAAGUAGUUUGUAUCAAAGAUUUGUAGCAUUGUUAAGAGUUGCUGAACAAUAAAAAUCUGUUUAUUUAUAUUUUGUA